GGCGCUUUCAGAUUUGCUCGUUCUACGUUACACUUCAACAGAAUCCUAGGCUAUGAAUAUGAAGUUUCUUCUGCCCGUCCUUGGUAUCCGGCUUCGGCCGGCGGUCCUUUGUGCCGCUGGCAUUUCAGCCGUAGCUGUCACUUUUCUUGUUUACAGGUGGCGUGUUCGGGAUCGGCAGCAGGCGGUAGAAGAAGCUGCGACCCACACUGAGCCCAGCGACCAACUGGAGGAUCGGGAGCCUUUUCCGUUGGAUCAGGACACGUUUGAAACGACCUGUACUCUGAUCCUAAAGCCUCUCCAAGCUCUGCACAACGCAAACAGGAUGUUUGCCUACACCUUCUCGCAGAUGUUUUCUGCAGAUACAAAGAUGGUAGAGGUGAAGCUCCAGCACAAAUCCAUCUACAGUGGGCUGGAGAGCGAGCACUGGUGGGUGCUCAGCAAUGCGUUUUACCACGUGUGUGCAGAGCUUACCCUCCAGAACUUUGCCAACGUUAAUGCUGUGGCCUGCAUCAAGCGCAGAGGAACCGGCAUCACUGAGGCGACCUUCUACCUGUGCGCCGAGUCAACAGAGUCAUCGGUGCAGAAUAUUUUUCUGCAAACCAUGGUGUCCAUGACGUUUAAGGGUGUUUCCAUCGAUUCAGAUGGCCUUUUCAGGUCAUCUGAGUACAGUCACACCCAGACCGUCGAGACGCCGCACCCCGCUGUGUUUUCUACCGGACCAAGAUCACCAAGAGGACCCCCUCCAUCUCCUCCUCCAGGCUUUUAAUAACCCACAGAACACUUUGAUUGGCAUUAUACACAUUUAGGAUUUAUUAUAUGUAAGGAAUGAUGCAUUUUCUUUUACCCUCAAUGUUCUUGUAUGCAUGUGGGUGUUUUUCAGAUGCAGUCUGUUUUCACAUAGCCAUGUGAGGCCUAGGAUUUGACCUGUUGGCGCAAGAAGCUUGAGCAUCACAUGGACUGAUCACCAAACUGGAGCAGUUUAGGUCUCCAGUGCAGGCUUUUUCCUGGAUUACAGACAACUAGACAACCUGAAGCUCACCAAGAAACCCACCAGGACAAGAGGCCAACUUCAGUUUUUGGACCAGGCCAGAACAAUAAGACUUUACAAGAUGUUCAUCAGGAUAAUUAGAGACUUUGUGGUCCACACCAGACUACAAAGACAAGGCCAAUCAGAGGACCGAUCGCCAUCGAGAAUUGAUCGUCAGGAUUAUUAGUGCCAUCACCACCGUCGAAGAGUUGGACAAAAUCACCAUCCAUGGAGUGGUCAUCACCAGAUCAUCACCACUGCAGUCAUCCUCAUCAUGUUUUGUACAUUUUGUAAAUAAUGUUUAUUACAGCUUUAUAAAUAUUUAUCAGUAAAUCAUUUUCUUUCAU